ACUACGCUAUGAAUCUGUUUACCAUUAGCCGCGAACUGCAAACUUCCUUUUCCGUGUUCAGCUGUCGGAUGCUGUAUUAAACCAACACUAACACACAUAUUUCCUUAAGGCAAUAUGAACACGGAGCAGUCCGUUGAAACUAAUUGCUGUGAAAGUAACUGCCCAGUUUCGACGCCGGAGGGAAAUGACUUAAGGAAAGGACAGCUAAAAAGAACUCCAUUCUCAAAGUUUAAGAAAAUACAUUCCCACUUCAAGUCACCUCUUCAAGUACUUGAGAGUGCUAAAGUCAGCCCUACAGAGGAGGUGGAGGAGCUAGAGAGGAGAAGAGAGCAGCUGGAUACAGAGAUAGCACAGCUGGAGGCUGAGGGCUAUAGAGUAGAGGAGCUGGAACAUCAUAUUGAUAAGUUGCAUGAAUACAACGACAUCAAAGACAUUGGGCAGUCACUCCUGGGUCGAAUAGCUGCUCUGAGAGGGACCACCACACGAGAUCUCUACGCUCACUUUGGUCUGGAACUGGAUGACUGAUCAAAAAGAGAAAAUGAAAAUAAAAUGGUGAGGAUGGUUCUUCUGACAAAGAGAACUGCAGGGAAAAAGUUAAAGACCACAAACGUAUUAAUAGAUUUGAUGUCCCCUUUUUUCCUGGUUAACAAUUUUGAUAAUGAAAGGACACUGGGAUUUUUCCAUUAUGCAGGCAAGGUAUUUAAAAUAGGCUAGCUAUUCAAACUUUUUAGUGGGUUCAUUCCAGUCUUUCAAGCUCUCUCUGUGUGUACAAGGAUGUAAAUGCUGCUGAGGGUUAAUUUAAAUGUUUGAGUUUACCUAAAUGGAACUAAAGUAAAGGCCUGUCCGUACUGGCUACUCAAACGGCAGUCGUUUUCUAACUUUGCUUGUUUGGUUUGUUAUUUACAGAAAAGAUGAGAAUGUUGGAGUGUUAAAGUGUACUACCAGUAACUGACAUUAAUUUAUUAAAUGAGGUGCUUAAAUAU